UGUGAGAAAUAGGUCUGGGGACAGUGUUAUCCCAAGAGGCCCAUAAGGGCAGAAAGCAUAGUGCCAGCUGACGAGGGCCCAGGGACCGGUCUCUGGGAACAGAAGCAGGCCCUUUUUGAGGGCCUCUGGGGAGGGCAAGCUCUUUGUAGGGCUUCCUGUCCUGUUCUCCCAGGGACCUCACUGGCUUCAGGCAGACGGGCAGGCAGGUGGGCGCCAUGUGGACUGGUCCCCAAGUAGGGGAAGGCGAUGGCCAGCUCAUGCUCAGAUCCUGAGGCUGUUUGGAGGGGAGGUAUUGGAUGACUCACCAGGGUGAAGAGGCCAAACUGAGUUCGGUGCCGCAGGGCCUAGUGUUGGGGCUGUAUCCGAGAGCAAAUGAAGAUCGUGCCCCAUAUUCUGAAGGAUGAGCCAUCCAUGAAGAGUAGCUCGUGGUCCCUUUUUCCCAUGUACCCCAUUCAAAUCCAAUAUUAUGUUACCAAGAGGAAUCUGUUAAGCCUGAGGCUCACAGCUGUCAUCCUCACCACCCUGAGCUGGCUCAUCAUGCUUGUGAUCUGCAUCCACCCCAGGUGGAUCACCCUAGAAAAUUCCCGCAAGGAAUUAUGGCAAAACAUAACCUUGAACUUUGCUCUCUGGGACAACUGCGUCCAGUGCUUGAACCCCAACGACCUGUCAGUUUACCUCUUCCUCUCUCGAGGGAUCAUUUUUCUGAACCUGGUCUUCACCUCCCUCCUCAUUCUCUCCAUGAUAUGCUCCUUUCGAAGAAUAUUCAGUCGUGUUUCCAGGCUGGACUUUGUCUUCUCCAUUGCCAACUACGUCUCAGGACUGGCCUUGUUCCUGUGUAUCAUGUUGUUUGGACUGCAAGUGCUGGAAAUCUUCAUCGAGGAAGGGUGGACCUUCCACUUCCAGUGGCCCUUCUACCUCUCUGGCCUUGGAAUCCUGAGCUUCAUUGUGGCUGGCACCAUCUGUCUCAAGAGUCACAAAUAUACCUGGAAUAUAUCAUACCUCUCUCCUAAGGAUCUGUUUGCCAAAUCAGAGAAACAGAAGCGAUGUGGAAGCUCAUGGCAGCAAUCAACCGCAUCAGUCAUCCCUCAAGAGAGAACCACCUCAUCUGCAGUCAUCAACCAAGACAUAUCCAUCACCUCCAUACUCAACUCCUAGUCUUAACCAAGGGACUUUCUACUCCUGUUGCAGAGGCAUCUCCACGGCUGGCCCCCAGCUCUCUCUUCUCCCCCCACCCAGGCUGUCUUUCCUUUAGCAGGGAGGCGGCUCUGCUUGGGCUUUGGACUUCGGGUCCCCUCCCUGCUUGACUUCCCCUGCCUCUUUGCCCAGACCUACCCUCAGCACCCCCUCAUUCUCCUUCCCUUGGGUUAGAUCUGUUUCUGUCCUCUCCAGAUUUGUGGGUUGUAAAUUCCUUUAGGACAAGCCCUGGGUCAUAUCUAUCUUCAUUUCCCCAUUACCAAGCAUCCCAUCUUGCAUAAAGGGUGCACUUGAUAAAUGUUUGUGGAAUAAACAAUGGGCAACAUUUUCUUAACCCUCUCUGGACACGAUCUUGCCUGUUCCUCACUGGCAGCCUUGUGUGUUAAUACUUUAUCCCCAUUUUACAGAUGCAACCUCAGAGAGGUAAAAAGUGAUUUACCCAAGGUCAGUAGGGAAUAGGAACUGGAUUUUAACUAAGUCUGUCAUGAAUGGGUGAGUGGGUGAAUAAGUAAAGAGUGAGCAAAUGAAUGAAUGAAGGAGUAGAGUUGGAGUCCAGAGAAGUAGAUGGCUUUUCCAGGAGGAGAGACAGAAGAAAAGCUCAGGAUAUCCUAGGGAAGGGCAGGCAGAGCCCAGA